GAGUUUGAGUCUGGCGGAGUCCCGUCUUGUUUCCAUGGUAUAAAUACCGCCCGGGAUGGUGUUAAGCGACAUCAGACAAGUUCAAGUUCCCGAGCUGCUUACAACCACCCAACGAAAUGUUCAAAUUCGCUGCUGUCAUCCUCGCCAUCCUGGCCUGUGCCUCUGCCAAGCCCGGCUUCCUGAGUGCUCCUCUGGCGUACACUGCGCCUGCCGCAAUCGUAGCUGCUCCUGCUCCUGUUGUCACCGCCACCAGUAGCCAGGUGUUUGCCAGGAACUACAAUGGAAUCGCUGCUGCUCCCGUGAUCGCUCCAGUUGCUGCUCCUUUCGCUGCUCCAGUGAUCGCCAAGUAUGCCGCUGCCCCUCUGGCCACUCCUUUGGCCUACCACUCGGCUCCCCUAGCCUACUCAUCGUCUCUGGCCAGUCCUCUGGGUUACUCAGCCCCUCUGACCUAUAAUACCUACAGUGCCUUUCCUGCCCCCGCACCGGUCCUUUUUUAA